AUAAACUAACCAAAGCUUGGUGUUGGCAAAUAUCACUCCUUAAUAACUUGAAUUAACCAACAUACUGAUCAGCUCUCUAAUUCGAUCUAGCCUAUAAAUAUGAACAAGGCACCAGAAGAAGAACACCCCGUGAAGGCCUUUGGGUGGGCAGCUAGGGACGCAUCUGGGCAUCUCUCGCCCUUUAACUUCUCUAGAAGGGAAACAAAGGAUGAUGAUGUCAGGUUUAAGGUGUUGUAUUGUGGAAUAUGUCACUCCGACCUUCACAGCAUCAAGAAUGAAUGGGGCUUCUCUACUUACCCUCUUGUUCCUGGGCACGAAAUUACUGGGGAAGUGACAGAAGUAGGUAGCAAGGUAAAGAAAGUUAAAGUUGGAGACAAAGUGGGUGUUGGAUGCAUGGUCGGUGCAUGCCACUCCUGCGAGAACUGUAACAAAGACCUUGAAAAUUACUGUCCCCAAUGGAUACUCACCUUCGGUUCCGUUUACCAUGAUGGAACAAUCACAUAUGGAGGCUACUCAGAUACUAUGGUAGCUAACCAGCGCUACAUAGUCCGAUUCCCGGAUAACAUGCCACUUGACGCUGGUGCUCCCCUUCUUUGUGCCGGGAUCACAGUGUAUAGUCCCCUAAAAUAUUUUGGUUUAGCCGAGCCAGGUAAGAACAUUGGAGUUGUUGGCCUAGGCGGGCUUGGUCACGUGGCUGUCAAAUUUGCCAAGGCUUUUGGGGCGAAAGUGACGGUAAUUAGCACCUCCAUUAGCAAGAAGGAUGAAGCUUUGGAACAUCUUGGUGCUGACUCAUUUUUACUUAGCAAUGACCAAGAACAAGUCCAGGCUGCUCAAGGCACUUUGGAUGGUAUCAUUGACACAGUAUCUGCUCCUCACCCUAUUUUGCCAUUAAUGGGUAUAUUGAAGUCUCAUGGAAAGCUUGUUAUGGUGGGUUUACCGAACAAGCCGCUGGAGCUAUCUGUCUUUCCUCUAAUUACAGGAAGGAAGAUGGUUACGGGGAGUGGCAUAGGAGGAAUGAAGGAGACACAAGAGAUGAUUGACUUUGCGGCAAAACACAACAUCACCGCAGACGUUGAGGUUAUUUCAAUGGAGUAUGUCAACAAGGCAAUGGAGCGUCUUGCUAAGGGUGAUGUUAGAUACCGAUUUGUCAUUGACAUUGGAAACACCUUGGAUGCAACCAAACCUUGAAGACUACUAUCUCGUGUCUUUAUUUUCCUGUAUUAUUCCAAUGAAUUUAUCUAAAAUUUGCUUAGUUUUUGCUUGUAAUAUUCCUAGUCGAAAAUCGUGUCCCUAUUAUCAUACAGAGGAAACAAUAUAUGGACAAUAAUAUUCUAUUUGUU